CUUUCCACAUGUUUGCGAACCUAAAGGGAAACAGAGAUGUGAGCAAAUAUAGAUAACCUGUUACCGGGACAACAACGGCUUACAUCCCUCUUUCCCGAGAGCUGUUACGCAUACUGACAUUCAGCUCGCACCAGACACAGGAAAGCUGAGCUGUGCACCGCGGUCAUCGCUGAUGGAGCGGAGACUGACAGCAAAGACAGAGCGCUUCCACCAACACUGCCUGUCGCCAAUGCUCGCUGAGAGUCACCACAAUUCCACUAUCGCAAGUAUCCCGUCACCUCAAACCACAUCCCCGCCCGGCCACCCUGUUUCUCACCACCCAGAUGACUGCCUGAUCCUAUUCUCCAACCGAUUCAUUCAACAUCUCGCCAUUAUACAGCUAUGUGUCUUUAGUCUAAUCCCCUGUUUUCUCAUUUCUAUUACACUUCAUGAGUCUCCCACAAAUCUCUGUUAAAAUCCGCAUUUAAAAGAUAUCCAGAUCCAGUGUCUGGUAGACGAGGUGUCUAACAUCGUCACGCAGUCAGAAGGGCGAGUUCAAGGGUCAAGAAAAAAAUCAUAAAUCAGACAUAUCAGCCUCGCCAGCACUGCCGUCACUUGCUGCUACCAAUCAGUCAGCACCCCGUCAGUAUUGUUCAUGGUAAUGUGACAGUAUCAUUUCAUCAGAGACUGAUGAAAUAAUCAGAAAGAGAAAAUUAACUACAGGAAAAAUAAUAAGAUAACCAUCCUGUGCCAAAAUGUUGAAACAACACCUUGUCUUGCACGUCCAUUUAUGUUUACAAAUUUUCUUUUCUAUAACGAUGAUGAGGAUUUAAAUAAUGGCGUCGAUAACAGGUUUUGCUUCGAUUUUGAAGUUAAAACCUACAUUUCUUCUUUUCACUUUCGGUAAUUUCUUUUGAUGAUGCGAUGGUGCGCGCAUUCACUAACGAAGCAAAACCUUAUGACAUAAUGGAAAAAUAUCGUUCGAGUUAGUUUAAGUGUUUUUCUCAUACCUUCGUUUUCUGACAAUGCUGAAUAAUGACACAUGGAAAGAUUAAAACUUCAGUUACAAUGAUAAUAAUAAUAAUAAUAAUAAAAUUACUGUGGCAACACACUCAAAACUAUUAAACCACACGAAGAAUGCGAAAAAGUAUGCAUGGUGGCCAGUGAACCUGAGCAACCUGAGCAAUCACACCUAACAUACAACAAACUCCGUGCAAGGUCAAGAUUAAUAGAGAGAUAUGAUAGGCAAGUAGGAUAUGUUCCCAGCCUUGUAUCCUUACCAUCUUCUUACCGCACCUUCGACAUAAAAGCAUGGGCACAGCCUCGCUACAGUAGGAUAGUAAGCUCUGUCUAUGAAUUUCACACUCACCCAUGUAAUUUACAAGUAACACUGACCACAGUGGCGCCAAACUCAGUCCUGACACAUUAAAUUCUGCUUUAACGACAAGACCAAGGAACACAUUUUCUUCCUUAUCUGUUUACAUAGACUGGGUGAGAUGUGAUGUUAAUCCUGCGAAUUUACUGUACACUUUAGUAACUACGUUUCAGUGUUGUCAUUUCUACAUCAGGUCUAGAAAAAAAAAAAAAAAAUACCAUAGUAUAGGUUUCCAUGGAUACGAGAGGAGGCUAUAAUCAGGACCGCCCCUCCUUAAACGCAGAACACGCGCUUCAUUUUCCAUAGGGCGCCACAUUUUGCGCGAGGGGACGCAUUUGCGCAUAUGCGCAACGGAUGUGCAUGUGCGCUACCGUGGGGUGCGCUUAGAGGGGGCUUCCAAAUAAAAUUUCGCUUAGGGCCCCAACUUGGUCAGAGGCGACCUUGGAUAUAAUCAACAUUUUUGUUUAGCUGUCUUUUUGUCUUUCUAAACACACACACACACACACACACACACACACACACACACACACACACACACACUGUUCGUCCGAUAUGGCCUCAAUUUGCCUUUCAGAUUGACAUAGUAUUUCAGUGAUAGCGAUCUCCAUCACCAUAAGUGAGAGUUGCAGCGUUGGACCCCAGUGUUGAGUGAGAGGUGUGUGGUUACUGUCGUACAUUUGUGGCGGUGUACAUGUGCAGUGGGUACUGUUGCAAGGCAGCAUUCUAUCGUGGUUUCAAACUUCCUGAUAGACGCUGUUCAUGGGCAAUAUUAGCUUGUCAGGCAGACUUCAUGUUGUGAAGAUUUAGAAGGUGAGCUGUGGAUUCCAUACAUGAAAUUACAUUUUCUAGAAACCAAACCACGAUUUGUAAAUAUCAUAACUAGGCGUUACUUGCGUCACACACACUUAGUCACUUCAUUGCCUUCGUAGGCCUCACAUUUCUUCCAGGUCAACAUUUCUCUGAGUAAUGGCUGAGAAAAGCGGCAUCAACGCCCACUUAGUGGUGACAGGGUUGUUGGCGUCCAUUUGCGGUUUCGUGUCCAGCUAUGAGACCGUUGUGUUCGCCGCCUGCCUCCUCUACAUCAGGGAGGAGCUCUGCUUGUCGACCAAAUGGAUUCAGAUCGUGGCCAGCAUCAUGUAUGUCACCGGCAUCCUUGGCAACCUGGCGGCGGGUCAGGUGGCAGAUUUGCUGGGUCGGAAGUUCGUGAUCAUGUCGUCGAGUGUUUCCCACAUCAUCGGAGCCUUGGUAGUGGCCUCGUCCUACACUCGGACACAAAUUAUGGUGGGAAGGCUCUUCACUGGACUGAGUUUAGGACUGUCUAGCAUGUGUGCGCCAAUAUAUCUGAGCGAGAUAUCGGUGACGGCAGUGAGAGGACACAUCACCUUGCUCUACUACUUCUUCUAUGGCGUCGGCUUUGCAGUAGGAACACUGGUUGGUGGCGGCUUCGCUACCGUCACCAAGGGCUGGAGGUAUAUGGCAGCGAUUGGGAGCUUCUUGUCCUUGGUGCAGUUCAUCUUCUUCUUCUUUGCUCCUGAGAGUCCCCGGUGGCUGAUCUCCAAGGGCAGAGUGAGGGAAGGCAGAGGGGCACUACUCUCCCUUCGGUCGGAGGAUUACCCCUCUUCAGCCGAACUGGAUGCCAUUAAGGCUGAUGUCAACGACAACGCCGGGAAGGGAGGCUUAGUGCAAGUCUUCAAGUCGCCACCAGUGCGUCGGGCGCUGCUCGUGGGCAGCCUUCUCCACAUGUCUCAAGCCUUAACAGCUUUCUUCACUAUAAUAGUGUACAGUGCCACCCUCGUCACAAUGACCGGGAUAGCGGACCGAACGAAUGCCAUGUGGAUAGUGACGGGCAUGGUUGGUGCAGCCUUGGUCGGAUUGGCAGUGGGGCUUGGGCUGGUGGAGCGAGUGGGUCGUCGUGCUCUUGUGCUGACUUCUCUGAUGGGCGUCACCACAUCUUUCCUGUUCGUGGCCAUCGUCUUCACCCUGAUACACGUGCAUAGCCCUGCCGUCGAGCUCCCCCCUGUAGACCCGGAGUGUGAUGCCCAAACGUGCGCAGAAUGCACAUUCAACGGCAAAUGCGGCUACUGUUUCAGCGGCGGACAGGGCAAUCCUGAAGACGCUGCGUGUGUACUGGCCGACUCCGAUGACUACUAUAACACCGCCUUGUCCGGGCCCUGCUCCAACGUUACGCUGCUAGACGAUAAGGUGUACACCUUCGCAUACAAGUGGUGUCCUUAUCCCAAUGCAUGGCUCACCAUCUUCGGCCUCUCUUUCUUCCUCUUCUUCUAUUUUAUAGGGAUUGGACCCUUGACGUGGACCAUCAAUGCUGAAAUUUUCCCCGGGUGGGCUCGCUCCCUGUGCGCGAGUCUUACCAACAGCGUCAACUGGACGGUCUGCCUGUCCCUGAGCCUCGUCUUCCUCACCCUCAUGGAACGUAUCUUCAAACACGGAGUGUUUUACAUUCUGACGGGCAUUAACUUCGUGUUUCUCGUGGUGUUUUUCUUUAUUCUGCCGGAGACGAGGGGGGUCAGCCUGGAGGACAUGGAGACACUCUUCAGCAUGCCUCUUGGAACAGUCAGAUUGAAGAAGAGCCAAGUUUCACCUACGUAAGUGAUCUCGCCAUCGAAUCGAGGAGGGUUUGCGUUCAUUAUUUUAUACGGCAGUGAUCAAUAAUCGAAUUACAUGCCACACUUACUUCCACUGUGUGAGGCGUUUAUUCCUCAAUCUCAAGUCCUUUGAUCAAUUGUCAUGUUUUGCUAUUAGAUUGUCAGAGGACUUGAGUUUGAAAGAAAACAUAAAAACUAGUGAAUGCAGAAAAUAAUUCGACUUCUGACUACUAGUGAACAUGUGAUGAUAAGUAAACCCGAAAACAUUCUGGUCAUGGAUAAAAGACGCAUGUUAUCAACUAAUGUUAUGAAUAAAUCUGAAAAUACAUGAUGGCGAAUUCGGUCGAUAAAAUGAACGAUGAAUACGAGACCAAAAGAUGAAAAAGGAUGGAUCAAUGGAACAAAAACCGUCUCCUUGAAUCAGAAUAGACUAGUUAAGAUAAAUGGAUAAAAAAAAUAAAAUAAAAAAAAAAGUGAGAGGAUUAAGAACAUGACAGGAAAACAAAGGAAGCUCCAAGAAUCCGGCAGGCCUACACAUGGCAGUCCCUAUACGAAACAUACCCGCCUAUUUCCCUCUAUCAUCCUCAGCCAUAAAUUAUAGCCAAUGGUUCACACUCGUUGGCAUUCCACUGGUGAGGCAGGGAAGGGGUUCAGACGGAUGGGUUCAUGUUUUGGUAUUAUUUAUAUAUGUUUUACUGUGUGAUCAUUAGUCAUUUUUUUUUUAACUAUUUGUGUUCUCUCUAUAACUUAUUUAUUUAUGAACUUAUUUUGUUGAUGUUGUUGUUGUUAUUAUUAUUGUUAUUAUUAUUAUUAUUAUUAUUAUUAUUAUUAUUUAAUUUAUUUAAUUAAUUAAUUUAUCUAUUUAUUUAUUCAUCUAUCUAUUCUUUCUUUUUUUUGUGUAUGUGUGUGUGUGAGUGUGUGUGAAAAUAUCCUGCAAUUAAUCUUUUAUUGCACUUACAUUACAUACUUGUAUAUAAUUGUCACCUUCAAAAGAUGCAUCAGUUUAUCUGAGAGUUUUAUUUUAAAUAAGUAACAAGUUUUUACAUACUCCUAUGAUUGUAUUGGUAUGGAACAACUGAAAACUCCUUUGCUUUGUGGGAAAGUGGGUGGGAGUGUUAAGUACACAGGGGCGCAGUGACGCAAAAUUUAACAUUUCUCCAAGGCAGGUAUUAAUUACUGAGAUUUGGCUUGUAAUGAUUGUUUUCGUAAAUGGCAUAGAAAGUCGUGAUGCGAAUUAAUGAGUGGGUACUAGAGUCACCAUGCACCAUAUUGAAUAUAAGUCUUGUGUUGUGUUAUAUUAAACAGCUGAAAUAAUUAUAUUAUGUGCCUUGC